UUAGAAAUAGAAGCCGACGUGGGGCAUGUAAUUAGUUUCAUUCCACUUUUUAUGUUUUUGCACCAUAUCCUUCCAAUAUCCUAGACAGAUAUAUUUCAAAGAGAGAUCAUUUCUGCGCAUGCAACUAACUUCAUGUUCAUCGGGUCAAUAAUUGUAAAUGGUAAAUUUUUAUGUGCACAUGUCAUGUAAUUUGGGCAGGGAAGUUGUUUCACGUAUUUUUUGUGACGGAUGCAUGUGAAUCCUGUGUCGUAUAAAAAAAAAUCUCACGCUUAUAGUCCUUUAUGUCGAAGUCGAGUUUUUUACGGAACUUUGUGAAUUAUUAAAAUUAUCUAAUUAUCAUCAAUGCUAGAAUAGAAUUGUCAUGGAAGCAGCAAUAUUUACAUUCCAUUUGUGAUUAUAUGUGAUAUAUAUUUGUACGACAAGCAAUAAUUUCUAAACGCAAUGGAUGAAAAUAAUGGUGCUAAUGCUGAUAAUGUGGAACAACCUACAAAUCCCUGCUUCAGAGAGCGCAUAGAUGACAUUGAACGUGAAGACUUUGAAGAAGAGAAUCGUAUUAUCAAACAUUGUUCCAAUUUGAUGAUGGAGGGGGAACUUACAGCAUCAUCACACUUUUCAGGAAAUUUGUCAAGUAUUAAUUCCAGCCUGGCUUCAAGUUCCGAGACAAUUUCUACAUUAUCAACUUUCACAGCAAACGAAUCAAAUCUACCGGGAUGCAGUAAGUCUGAUGACAUUGAAGACUGUGAUAUACCACUCAAAUAUUUAAAUCAUGAACAGACAAUAGGAUUUUCUACUGGCAAAGAAACAAAAAAGGUUGACUUUAUGGAAAAGUUAUUAAAUAGUGGAAUACCCGAAAAGAAAGACAUUCCGAGGGGAAAACUUUAUAAAGGUGACUGUGAUAAUGAGAUUGCAGAUAGUUCUGAUAUGGAGAGUGCGAGCAGCUCAUCUGGACAAACAAGCCAAGCCACAAGCUCCAGUUCUGAUAGUAGUGGAUUUAGUGUACCAUCGACAUCUAAUGCAGAAAGACUCCUCGGCCUUGGGAGCAGCGGUCUGAACUCUCACCACACUGUAACAUCGUCUUUUUUGCGCAAAUACUCCGAGGACGAGGACGAUUCUGACGACGAAAUCGGAGUUGGUAACUUGCGGUGCACUUGUAACUCACCUCACGCGGAUGAUGAUGAAGAUGAUGAGCUUGAUCUAGAUCAAAGAGCAGGGUGCAAACGUCGGUAUGAAUCAACACCACAAAACACAAUUAAAAGGUUUUGUACUGAUGGAGGCAUAUCAGCAGUAGCUACAUUGGAAUGCAAGCCAAACACAACAAAUCCAAAUAUUAUAGCUCAGAAGGUGCAGGCAUCACCGGAGCUCAAACAGUGGCUUCAUAGAUUUCAAACAUGGUCAACCAAAGAGAAGACUCUAGCGAUUGAUGCUUUGGUUACCCGUUGUGCUGCAAGUGAUGUACGCUAUAUGAUGAAGGCAAUUGAGCCAUUAUUCCAACGUGACUUUAUCUCACUGCUGCCAAAAGAGCUUGCCCUUACUGUACUGGGCUACUUGUCGCCAAAGGACCUUCUCAUGGCUGCUCAGACUUGCCGUUAUUGGAGAUUUCUUGCUGAUGACAACCUGCUUUGGAAGGAGAAAUGCCGUCGUGCUGGUAUCACCGAACUCAAGAAGAUACCACGUAACAUUCCUCGGUUUGCGAGCCCUUGGAAGGCUACUUAUAUGAGUCAGACAAUUAUCGAGAACAACUGGAUGAACAAGUCUGUCCUGAACCCAAUAAUAAUGCGUGGACACGAUGAUCACGUUAUAACCUGCCUGCAGUUCCAAGGGAACCGUAUUCUUAGCGGCAGUGACGAUACUACUUUGAAAUUGUGGUCCGCUAAUUCUGGAAAGUGUCUUCAUACUCUGGUGGGUCAUACCGGGGGUGUUUGGUCGUCUCAGAUGGUAGGAGAUUUGGUGAUUAGUGGCUCAACUGACCGUACCCUGCGCGUAUGGAACGCUAACACGGGACAAUGUCUUAAAGUUCUCGCGGGUCACACUUCGACUGUACGAUGCAUGCAUCUUUACCAGAAUAGAGUUGUGUCGGGUUCCCGUGACGCGACAUUGCGCGUGUGGUCGAUACCGGAUGGUCGCUGUCUGCGCGUCCUCGUCGGCCAUCUUGCGGCUGUGCGAUGCGUUCAGUACGACGGUAAAGUGGUCGUUUCCGGUGCAUACGACUACUUCGUCAAAGUAUGGAAUCCGGAUACCGGAGACUGCCUCCAUACUCUCGCUGGACACACCAACCGUGUGUAUAGUCUUCAGUUUGACGGUAUCCACGUGGUGAGUGGAUCUCUGGACACUUCGAUCCGUGUGUGGGAUGUGGAGACUGGUCAGCUGAAGCAUACCCUCACGGGCCACCAGUCGCUCACCUCCGGCAUGGAGCUGCACUCCAACAUUCUGGUCUCCGGAAACGCUGACUCCACUGUUAAAGUCUGGGACAUUUCCUCGGGUCAUUGCCUGCAUACAUUGUCAGGGCCGAACAAACACCAGUCAGCAGUGACUUGCCUGCAAUCGAGCAACCGAUUUGUGAUUACUUCAUCUGACGACGGCACGGUGAAACUGUGGGAUGUACGCACUGGCGAAUUCAUUCGUAACCUGGUAGAGCUCAGCUCGGGCGGGUCCGGAGGCGUGGUGUGGCGCAUUCGUGCCUCCGCCACCAAACUGAUUUGCGCCGUCGGCUCACGCAAUGGCACCGAGGAGACCAAGCUUCUCCUCCUCGAUUUCGACGUGGCCGGCACAUGUAGGAAGUGCGAUGAAUAGCAUCAGCUCAACCGGCGCCUUAUGCGCCGAUAUGUCAACUUGUACGCGCCGUGGCAUUGCUAAACAACUCGCUCCCCUCACCUUUCACAAACAUCUAGCUGAUAUAGUAAAUGUAAUCUGAUUUAGUGAAUUAUCACGUGUUCCGUGUUAGAUCAAUUUCCACCGUAAAUAGUAUUCAAAGAUAACAUCGUACUUAGAAUAAAGUUGUUUGUAAGAGGGAUGCGUUGUGUGUUACGGAAGGACGUUUAAGUUGUGUGCGAAGUACCCACCGGGCCUGACACCGUUGUUGAAGGACUUCGUCUGUGUAUCCAUGUUGUACUCUGAUUACCUGCAUUCUUACGAUACCAUUUACAUACCAUAACAUAUAUUCAAAUGUAGUAGUAAAUUGUAGAAUAUUUCAAUAAUUGUAAUCUGUAGCAAGAAAUGAUGGCACAAUUGUAUAUCAUGUGUAGCCAAAUUCCUGUAAUAUUGUUGAAUGGUUCAUUAUCCCAAAGAAUUUUGACCGUGUCGGAUAUUAGUUAUUAAGUUUUAUCAUUGUUAAGGCACUUUUUUACAUUGUUAUUUUUAAUGAAAUGACGAUUGAAAUUUUGGGCAAUAAUUUUUCACAAUUUGGACAUAUUUCCAAUUUAUGGUUACCUUGAGUUUCCAUUGCCGAAGUACCCGUAUAAAAACAUAUCUCUACUUAUAUUAGGAGAAUAAGUGAUGUUGCAUCACGUUUUUCUAUGAGUGUUUCGCAGUACAAACUCGGUUUAUCGUGUCUUAAACUAUUUUUUGGGCAUUUUACACUCGUAUUGGUUAAUUGUAUCAUAAUAAAGUUUUUUGUAAUUAUUUCUGCUUAAAUGUAAGCAGUAUUAGGAUAUAUGUUUGUUUUGAUAUAAUCUGUUGAUAGUUAUUGACUUUGCCACAAUUUAGUGGCGAUGUUAUGUUUUUCAUGACCGCAGUAUCAAUAUUUUUACCCUAUUAGCUUGUGACUAUUCUGUUUCAAAUUUAUGAGCUGUCUCUAUUAUUACUUUUGAAUCUUAUAAACGAUUCAUUGAUUGUUAAUUUUUUUAACGAUGACAUAACAAAAUGACUAGGCAAUAUACAUUUUAUAUACACAUUUACAAAUUACAAAAAAUUUCAUUGAAUUUGUUAAGUAUUUGUAUUUUGACAUACACAUGUAUUAUUUCUCUUAGCAUAAUAUAAUAUAUUUAUCAUUGCAUUACCAUAAAUUAUCUUAUUAUUCAAUAUUAAAAAAAAUAAUCAAUUACUUUGUGUUUCGCAUAAUAAUAUUCAACAUAUUAUCCAUUUUAAUAAUGAUAGUAGUAUAAAUGUCAUGUGAAUCAUGCGUUCCAACAUUUUAUAUAAUGUUGCGAAACAUGUUUUAUCGCGACUGUUAGGGCGAGUGCAAAAGAUCUUUGACGAUGAUAGAGUCGAGAGAGCAAAUCUUACAGUGCGGUGAGGGCCACAUCCAAAUGUAGCUGUGUUAAUGUAUAUAUACAAUCAAACGUUUAGUUUGUGACCACCCAGGCGUGGUUCACGAGUCUUCUACUGUGGCUGAUAUAAAGAAUAAUUAAAUGAAGACUGAAGCAUAGGUAUAAUAUAAUAAUAAAUGUAUUGAAAUGUAGUUACUGUAACUCUACCCACCAUCGUAUCGAGCGAGCUUUGUGUUUUUGAAGCGGCCAUAUGUAAAUGCGCCGAAUUUUUCGAUUUAGUUUUUUAGCCGCCAAAUACAUCGAGGUCUUCUCUAAUUAAGUUGUUUUAGUUCUAAGUUUUUCUCAUGUUAUAAAUACAUGUCUUAUAGCCACUAAAUCGCUUUCUCGGAUCCCAUCAGUCUUUGUAUUGUACUAUAUUGAAUAACUAAUAAUGAAACGUUAAUCUAUUGGAUAUAGCUUAGCCAUUUUUAUCUAAAUCGCUUAUAAACUAUAGCCUGAUGUAGAAAACAAAAUAAUUGUAAUAAAUUUAAUCUAAACGUAAUAUCAAUAAUUUUAUAAUAAAUAAAAUUUUUCCUCAUUUUAUUUGUGUUCAUAAAGAAUAAGUUUUUUGUGCCUGUGUUAUAAUUAUUAUAAUCGUUCUUUUAACGACAUUCUUUAUAGUGGGAUAAACUUUUCUGGCUCGUAUUAAUAGCAUAUUUCAAUGUCUUAUAUCAAUUUGUAUGCCCAAUAAAGUCCUGCCGGGCCAGACACGAUUGUGACACUAUAAUGCAUGUCCAGGUUCAAAUGUCAACUGCAAUAUUUUAUAUGUAUUUUUUUUAUUAAUUUGACCAAAUUGCAUCACAAUUUGUAAAACUAUUUAUUGAUCAAUUGUUUGAAUUUGAUGUACAUCACAAUAUUUUUUUAUUUAUUAUUAAAUUACAUC